AAGCGAACUAGGAACUUGGUAGUAUUCCUAAGAGUAUUAUUGGUUGCGUAUAACUUUGAAAUGGAAGCUACCAAGAACCCAUCUCCGGAAAUAAAAGCAAAUAUUAUAUCAAAAAUAUUUUUCUGGUGGCUGUUUCCAUUCCUGAAACAUGGCUAUAAACAUGGCGUACAAAUGAAAGAUAUAUAUGACACGUCAGAAAAACACAAGGCUGAAAAUGUUGGAGACAUAUUAGAAAAAAAUUGGAAAACUGAAGUAACGACCGCAAACAAAGAAAAGAAAGUGCCAAGCUUGCUAAGAGUUAUAAUAAAAACGUAUGGAUUUAGCUAUAUGAAACUCGGUUUGUGGUUGUUUAUAGUAGUGGUCGUGAUAAGGUGUUCCCAACCCUAUGUCCUAAGCCUAUAUAUAAGAUCUUUUCGAGAGGGCGAUUCCAAAAUAGAGACAGGGUGGAUUACAUCAGUUGGAUAUAUUGUUUUAAGCAUCUUAGGAGCUUUGAUUUUCGCCCAAUACGCAGCCUACUCGCUAAUACUUGGGCAGAAUAUCAAAGUUGCUUGUUCCUCCCUUGUGUAUAGAAAGCUCUUGAAACUAAGUAUGUCGUCCCUAAAUCAGACAGCUUCUGGACAAUUAAUAAAUUUACUGUCCAAUGAUCUGCGAAGAUUUGAGUCUGCCGCGCUGUAUUUGCAUUUCUUGUACUUCAUCUUCCUUCAAACUGCUAUGAUGUGUUAUAUAACUUACAACUUCACUGGUAUUUCUGGUGUCCCUGGCUUGUUAUUUAUUAUAAUAGAGGGUCUUUUAAUUCAAGGUUAUUUAUCGAAACUUCAGGGAAAAUUCAGGUUAAAGAUCGCUCAACUGACGGGAACAAGACUGGCCAUGAUGAACGGGCUUGUAUCAGGAAUUCAAGUUAUAAAAAUGUAUGCUUGGGAGAAGCCAUUUGAAUCAGUUGUAACGAGAGCAAGAAAGAUAGAGCUGAGCUCCAUCAACAAAUCAUCCUACAUCAAAGUAUUCACGACGGCUAUGGUGGUCUUUACGGAGAGAUUUUCUCUCUUUUUGAUCGUAGUUACUCACAUCCUGCUAGGAAACAGACUGACUAGUGAUGUAGUGUUCUCUGUAGCCACUAUUCUUAACGUGUUUCAAUCAUCAUUUUGCUUCUACUUACCGAUAUCACUUGAAAGUUAUGCCGAGGCCAGAGUAUCUAUAAAUAGAUUGCAAGAGUUUUUACUGUUGGAUGAAAGGACACAAUCGAUUACAACUAAACCCUUCCCAAUAAUGAAAGACACGGGGUCCAUAAAAGUGGCAAAUGCAAGAGCUGGAUGGUUACCAGCCGCCUUAACUCUUACUGAUGUUAGUUUAAAUAUCAAAGCAGGAACGUUGUGUUGCAUUUUGGGGAAGGUAGGGUCAGGAAAAACGUCUCUCCUAUAUUUGCUGCUUAAAGAAUUACCUGCAACUAAGGGUACAGUAGAUAUAACGGGAAAAAUAUCUUAUGCUUCUCAAGAGUCGUGGUUGUAUGUUGCUAGCGUGAGAAACAAUAUCCUCUUUGGACAGAAGUUUUUACAGCAGAAGUACCAAGAAGUUGUAAGAGUCUGUGCGCUGAAUAAAGAUUUCCAGCAGUUCCCUUACAGAGACCAAACCAUGGUUGGUGAGAGAGGAGUGUCUUUGAGUGGAGGACAGAGAGCUAGAAUAAAUCUCGCCAGAGCUGUAUACCUUGACGCUGAUAUUUAUCUUUUCGAUGAUCCCUUGUCUGCUGUUGACACCCACGUAGCCAAACACUUGUUCGAGGAGUGUAUCAUUAAAUACCUACGAAAGAAAACUAGAGUUUUGGUAACCCAUCAACUGCAGUUCUUGAAGCAAGCUGAUCUUGUAGUAGUCUUGGAAGAGGGCAAAAUCAGUAAGAUUAUGAAGAACGAUGAGAUGUCAGAGAACAGUUUGAACCAGUUGAACCAAAUGUUGCCUGAAUCAGAUGAAAAUUCUGAAGAAAAUCGUGCCGAAUCAAAUUUAUUGAAAAGAAAAUUAUCUGUGUUAUCACGAUCGAGCACAGCAGCAGGAUGUGAAGAGGAACUAGAACAAAACGAAGAGAUGGAGUCGAAAGAUGUAUCCUUCUCUACUUAUUUAAAAUAUUUUCGUUCUGGAGGCAAUGUUUGUAUGAUAGUAUGUGUAAUAAGUAUAUUUGUAGUUUGUCAGGUUUUUGCGAACGCUUCUGAUCUCUGGAUUAAGUAUUGGACCAAUAAAGAAGAAGAAAUACUCAGCUCAGCAAGAACCAAUCUCAACUCCACGGAAAGUGAUAUAUAUUUAUUGCCAGACAACGCCAUCAAAAUAAAUGCAACUAAUUUGACUUAUUUGGUUAACAUCUCUACCAGUUACUAUGACACGCAAGAAAAUAUAAGGUCUGCGCAUGUAGACUACUUUUAUCUCUAUGUUUACUCAGGGAUCAUAUUAAGCUGUAUCAUUAUUAGCUGCAUCCGGCCAAUGAUUUUCAUGAAAAUCUGCAUAAAUGCUUCGAGAUCUCUCCACAGAAGAAUGCUGAGCAACAUUCUGCAAGCUCCCAUGAGAUUCUUCGAAAUAAAUCCCUCAGGCAGAAUCUUCAACAGAUUUUCCAAAGACUUGGGAGUUGCAGAUGAGGUGCUUCCCAUCUCCAUGCUUUGGACCCUACAACUUUGGUUGGUGGUGCUAGGAACUCUCACAGCAAUUUGUACAGUCCUUCCAUGGAUGAUCAUUGCGAUUCUAAUACUGUUAGCUGCAGCGUAUUACUUGAUACUUUUUCUUUGGCCAACUUUACUGAAAGUCGUCAAGUUGGAAGCUAAUAAUCUAUCACCAAUAUUUUCCCACAUUUCUGGCACAAUGUGCGGAUUACCCACUAUACGAUCUGCCGAAGCAGAAGAAAUGGUGAAACAGUACUUUGAUCUCCUACAAGAUGUGCAUACAAGCACUCAGCAAUUGGCGAUAUUCUUUGAAAAGGCGUUGGGAUUCUAUUUGGAACUCCUUUGGAACAUAUUUCUGGCUAUUGUAACAUUGAAAUUCAUGAUAUUUAGAGAGGAUGAUACACGCGGCGGAGACAUCGGACUAGUUGUAACACAAUCUUCCAUUCUUGCAAGUUUAUUCCAGUACACUAUCACCAACACGACGGAGGCCAUGACCGGCAUGGUGAGCAUAGAAAGAAUCCUGCAGUACUGCGAUAUUGAAAAAGAACAUGCCUCAGAGUCCGCCAAUAGGAAAAAGUUGAUGAAACGAUGGCCUCACUCAGGAAAAAUCACUCUCAGCAAUGUUUAUCUCACGUAUGUGCCUGAGGAAGCCCCAGUUCUUAAAAGUUUGAAUUUAUCUAUAAAAGCAGGAGAAAAGAUUGGCAUAGUCGGCAGAACUGGAGCAGGAAAAUCCAGCCUUAUCACUUGUCUGUUCAGGCUAGCUCCGAUAGAGGGCUCCAUCGCCAUAGACGACAUAGACACUGCUAUAGUAGAUUUCAAAACGUUACGAUCCAGGAUUUCGAUCAUCCCACAGGAACCAGUACUAUUUUCUGAAUCUAUACGGUACAAUCUAGAUCCAUUUGGAUUUGCAACCGAUGAAACCUUAUGGAAAGUAUUGGAAAAUGUGAAGUUGAAGGAAGUCAUAGAAAGCUUAGAUUACAAGGUGAAUAAUGGGGGCUCAAAUUUCAGCGUUGGACAGAGACAGCUGGUCUGUUUAGCUAGGGCCAUUCUUAAAAACAACAAAAUAUUGGUGCUGGACGAGGCCACAGCCAAUGUUGACCAGAAUACUGACGAAUUGAUCCAACGGGUCAUUCGCAAAAACUUUAGCAGCUGCACCGUACUAACCAUCGCGCACAGACUUAACACCAUCAUGGAUUCCGAUAGGGUGUUGGUGAUGAACGCUGGCGAAGCCGUUGAAUUUGCACACCCCCACGAACUCCUGCAGAGAUCCGACAGCUACUUCACGAAGAUGGUUGAAGAAACUGGCAAGGCGGUGGAGGAGAGACUCAGGAAGGUAGCCAAGGAGGACUUUGAGAAGAAGUUUUUCGAUAUAUCUUAAAUACGAUGGCUGUCAAAUUGUCUAAAUUCGAUA